AUGGAACGAUUUAUUCAAAAAAUUAGCAAAUUGGGGUUCACUAUCGGUGCUAUAAGUAUAGUUCCCUACUCUUGCCUUUAUGAUGUAGACGGGGGGGAACGAGCCGUUAUGUUCAAUCGUUUCGCCGGGGGAAUUUCAGAUACAAUUAUUGGAGAAGGGUCACACUUUUACAUACCAUGGUUUCAAACUCCAUACCUUUACGACAUAAAAACUAAGCCUAAAGUCAUCAAUACCACUACGGGCACCAGGGAUUUGCAAAUGGUUAGCAUAAGUCUCAGGAUUUUAUACCGACCAAUGCCAAAUAAAUUGCCAACAAUCCACCGUAAACUAGGUCCUGAUUACGAUGAAAGAGUAUUGCCUUCUAUUGGCAAUGAAGUACUAAAGGCAGUGGUAGCCAGAUAUGACGCGGAAUCGCUACUUACACAAAGGGACAAAGUAUCAAACGACAUAAGAAUGGCUAUUACCAACCGUGCCAAACAAUUUGACAUAAAAUUAGACGAUGUUGCUAUCACUCACUUGAGUUAUGGGAAAGAUUUUGCCAAGGCAAUUGAAGAAAAACAAGUUGCGCAGCAAGAAUCGGAAAGGGUUAAAUUUAUUGUGGCUAAAAGUGAACAGGAAAAGUUGGCGGCGAUAGUUAAGGCUGAGGGGGAAGCUUUGGCUGCCAAUAUGAUUUCCAAUGCCAUAAAGCAACACGGUUCGGGGAUGCUUGAGAUUAGGAAGUUGGAGGCGGCUAAGGAAAUCGCUGAGACUCUUAGCAAAUCGAAAAAUAUAUCAUACAUACCUUCCAGUACCAAUUUGAUCCUUAACCAAUCUUCCAUCAAUUAA